AUGCUCCGGCGUGGGCAGGAUCGCUUCCGCCGAUUUAUGCCGGGUGUGCGCGGGGGCCGCGGCCUCAUCCUGCUCCUCAUCAUCGUGCUCGGCAUCUGGCUGCUGACCGGCUUCUACCGCGUCGAGCCCGACGAGCAGGGCGUGGUGCUGCGCUGGGGCGAGUGGACCCAGACCACCCAGCCGGGCCUCAACUAUCAUCUGCCCUGGCCCUUCGAGACGGUUCUCUUGCCCAAGGUGACGAAGAUCAACCGGGCCGAGAUCGGCUACCGGACCCUGGUCGACUCCAAACGGGGGGCGUUCACGCGGCCGGUGCCGGACGAGAGCCUGAUGUUGACCGGCGAUGAGAACAUUAUCGACGUGAAGUUCACCGCCUUCUGGCGCAUCCGCGAUGCCGGCCAGUAUCUGUUCAACAUCCAGGCGCCGGAUCGCACGGUGAGGGACGCGGCCGAGAGCGCGAUGCGCGAGGUGAUCGGCAAGACCCGCCUGCAAUCCGCCCUUGCCGAGGAGCGGUUUCUCUUGGCCCAGCAGACUCACGAACUGACCCAGUCGAUCCUGGACUAUUACGGUGCCGGCAUCGAAGUCACCCAGAUCGAGCCGCAGGACAUCGGGCCGCCGGACGCGGUGAUCGCCAGCUUCCGCGACGUGCAGGCCGCGCGGGCGGACCAGGAGCGGGCGAAGAACGAGGCCGAGUCCUACCGCAACGACAUCAUCCCGCGUGCACGCGGCGCGGCGGAACGCCUCGUGCAGGAGGGCACGGCCUACAAGGAGCAGAUCGUCGCCGAGGCCCAGGGCGAGGCGUCGCGCUUCGUUGCGGUCCACACCGAGUACGCGCAGAACGCGGAUGUCGUCCGCCGGCGCAUGUAUUUGGAGACGAUGGAGGAAGUGCUCGGCGGGCUGGACAAGAUCAUCAUCGAUUCGGGCGGGGGGGGCUCCUCCGGCGUCGUGCCCUACCUGCCCCUGCCCGAGCUUCAACGCCGCCAGGGCGGCACGCAGUAG